AUGGAGUUCGAUCCAAGCUUGCAAGAGAAAUUUCCUUACCUUUCUGGGAUUUUCCAGGAAAAUCCCUACAUAAAAUCCGAGAUCAUACCCAGUACUAUUCCAUUGCAGCAAACCUCAAUUCUUUCUGCACCACCACCACCACCAAACAACACCUUCAUGUAUGAGAACAAUUUCAACCAUUUUGAGCACCAUCCUCUGAAUGGUGCUAACUAUCACCACCACAAUCACUCUGCUCAUGUCAUGGAGGUUCCAUCCUCCAUGAACCCAUUCCUGAUCCCAACCAGAUCUUCUGGUGACCCAUACAUGGCUCCAAACCGGUUCUACCCAAUGGGGUAUGCACCAAACAUGGAAGGCAUGCAUGGUUACCUCAACAAUGGAAAGGGUCCUUGGGAUGUUUCCCAGAAAAAUCCCUUUCAGUUUGGUGCAAGUUCACAGACUCAUAUGAGUCCCUUGAUGCCAGCAUCACUAGUUUAUGAUCCAUAUGGAUCAGUGCCAAUGAAGCCUAGGCUUCAAGAUCAGAAUUCAUCUUUUGCAGGAACUGGACUUGCUCACUGGAAAACUGAUCAGAAACCUUUUAUUCCUGAACUGAAUCAGAGGAGGGUGCUGAUGAAAAAGAGUGCUAGACUUCAACACAAGCUUGCCAACAUAAUCAAAGGCCAGUGGACUCCACAUGAGGACAUGGUUCUCAUCCAAUUAGUGAACCGCUUCGGACUGAAAAAAUGGGCCCACAUCGCCAAGUUACUGAAUGGCAGGGUUGGGAAACAGUGCAGAGAGAGAUGGCACAAUCAUCUCCGCCCCAACAUUAGGAAGGAGUCAUGGAACGAAGAGGAGGACAAGAUUCUCAUUGAAGCUCAUAAGGAAGUUGGAAACAAGUGGGCAGAGAUUGCAAAGAGAUUGCCAGGGCGUACUGAGAACACCAUCAAGAACCAUUGGAACGCAACGAAGCGCCGCCAGUAUUCAAAGAAGCAGAAGAAAACUCGCACUAGUUCUAAGGGAACACUGCUUCAGAACUACAUCAAGAAAGUCACUGCUGCUGAAGAAGCUGAGAAGGAGUUGAAGAAAUCAAUGAGCAUGAUGAACAUAAGGGAUGAGGAGUGCAGUGAAAUGGGUCUCCUUCAUGUUCGUUAUGAGAGCUCAGAGGGAACCUUUAGCUCUGAAGAUUUUGCUUCUCAAAUGGGUGGUCACGUGGACGAGGAUGGUGAAGAUGGCUGGACUCACGUGCCGGUCAAUGCUUUUGAAAUUGCAAGUGGCUCUGUGGUGGGAGAUAGCACAAUGGAUUAUGAGGCUGCAGUGAAGAUGGAUAACGUGGUGCCUAAAGUUCAGAUGAAGAAGGAAAUUGAUCCCAUGGAGGAGGUCUAUGGAAAGCCAUAA